GCUAAACAUAUUGUUUUGAGAGUAUAAUACUGAUUAUAUUAUUUUAUUUUAUACGUAUAUACACAAAUAUUAUAAGAAAGCUGACUUUCUAUAUUCAUUAUAUUAUUUGGUUAAAAUAAUAUAAUCUUUGUGUCUAAUAUAUUAUUUACCCCUCUUGAAUAAUUUUGUCCCAUCGAUUAUUAACGAUCGUGAGACUGGAAGAUAAGGGGAAUCGGAUUCGUCACCUUCAAGGACGAGAAAUCCAUGAGAGAUGCUAUUGAAGAGAUGAACGGGAAAGAGCUUAAUGGCCGUACCAUCAUUGUGAAUGAGGCUCAAUCCAGAGGAAGCGGCGGUGGUAGAGGAGGCCGUGGUGGCGGCAGUGGUGGUUACCGUAGCGGUGGUGGUUACGAGAGAUGUAGCGGUGGUUACGGAUCUGGUGGAGGCGGCAGUGGCCGAGGUGGAUACGGUGGUUGCCGUGAAGGCAGUAACGGUUACGGAGGAGGUGAUGGUGGCUACGGAGGAAGCGGUGAUGGUGGCAAAGGCUGGUAAUUGAAGAUAUUGUGGUUUGGUGCUGCUCAGUAUUUGGUUUAGAUUUGGUUUGUUGGUUUAUAAUUGAGUUUCCAGAGUCACAACGUUUAAGUCAUGACGUUUUGGUUUGUGACGUUUCAUCCAAGAGUCACAAGUUCUAAGAGACACAAAUCAUUAUGAUGUAAUGUCUGUUUGUUUUCUAUAUAAAACAGUUUUGUUGUUGAUGUAUGUAACAAGUUUUAGUUGAUCGAAGUUUAUAUUUGUUCUUA